CCUAUUUUAACACAUUUUCUGCACAUCUUUGCCACCAACAUGGCGUUCUACUCCUACCCAUCUCAUUCUUUCCCUUCGUCCUCGCACAUUUCAUUUGGCAGUUUUGCUCUCAGACUCAGAGAUUUCUUCACCCCUGCAGUUUCUGUCGUUAUUGGGAAUGUUUUCUCUGCAAUUUUCACCUUCUUCUUUGCAUUAGUUGGAACUUUGUUAGGAGCAAUGACUGGGGCUUUGAUAGGCCAAGAAACUGAAAGUGGAUUCGUUAGGGGGGCUGCGGUUGGAGCCAUUUCGGGUGCUGUUUUCUCUAUCGAAGUCUUCGAAUCUUCACUUGUUUUGUGGAAAUCAGAUGAAUCUGGGAUUGGCUGUCUUCUUUAUUUGAUUGAUGUCAUUGUGAGCUUGUUGAGUGGUAGGCUUGUUCGUGAACGUAUUGGUCCGGCCAUGUUAAGUGCGGUUCAAAGCCAGAUGGGAGCUGUGGAAUCGAGCUUCGAUGAGAUUAACAGCAUAUUUGAUGUUGGUGGUUCUAAAGGCUUGCCUGAAUAUUCGGUUAGAAAGAUACCCAAAAUCACGAUUACGAGUGGUAACGAUGUGGAUGAUUCAGGGGAGAGAGUCUCUUGCUCUGUGUGCCUUCAGGAUUUUCAGCUUGGAGAAAUUGUGAGAAGCUUGCCACAGUGUCAUCACAUGUUCCACCUACCAUGCAUUGAUAAAUGGCUGAUUAGACAUGGCUCUUGUCCAUUGUGUAGAAGGGAUCUUUAGAUUUUUCUUUCUCAGUUAUGUUGUAAAUCCCCAAAUUAGAACUUUCUUUUUUCACAAUUUGACCCCUAAUGUUUCAUCAUUUCUUGAAUUAAACCUCCAAGUUUUAAUUUUAUCUGUUUUGUAUAUGUAUCAUGAUACAAUUGAAAGUCC